AUGUGUUCUAUGCUUCUAAACUGGCUGAGAUUCGGAAAACUGAAUAAAGAUUACAGCAACACCAAUGUGUUUGAGCAUUCAAACAAGUUUUACUCGGUUUCGGAGAAUCACAUCCCACAAGAGAUUGACAUCUUCACACUAAAUACUUUAAAGUACUGGGAUGUCAAUGGCGCAUGGAAUCGUCCCUUUGCAAGUCACCCCAAGAAAGUUCUGGGUACUGGAGAACUAGUUAUUUUUGGUGUAGAUGCAACUAAACCUUAUCUUGAAAUUGGAAUAGUAUCGGCUGAAGGAAACGAGCUGGUUCACAAAGCAGAUAUAAAACUAGACAGAAGCAGUUUAUGCCAUGACAUAGGUGUCACAAGCAGGUAUAUAGCGAUAUUGGAUUUUCCACUGAUAGUUGAUUCAAACAGACUACUUAGAAGAGGCCAAUUAAUCAAAUUCGACAAGGAGAAAUAUGCCAGGAUUGGGAUAAUGCCGCUCUAUGGUGAUGCUAACUCAAUCAAGUGGUUUGAGGUGGAACCUAAUAUCACUUUUCAUCUCAUCAAUUCCUUUGAGGAUGGUCAUGAGGUUGUGUUGUGGGGUUGUAGAGCACUAGAUUCAAUAAUUCCAGGACCUGAAGAUGGUUUGAAGGAAUCUAAGUUAUUCUCUCGAUGUUACGAAUGGAGAUUAAACAUGAAAAGUGGAGAGGUUAAGGAAAAAUAUCUCACCGGACCAGAACAAUACAUGGAUUUUCCAAUGAUCAAUGCAAGUUUUACAGGAAUUAAGAACAGAUACGCAUACACCCAAGUGGUUGAUCCCACUGCAAGUUUUGCUGCAGAUAUUCCUAAAUACGGUGCUUUAGCAAAGCUAUACUUUGAAGAACCAUGUUCAGAAUUCCCUGUGGGAGAGGCACAACAAGAAGAGCUUAUAAGGGUAGAAUAUCAUAGGUUUGAAAAAGAUGUAUUUUGCACUGGAUCUGCGUUUGUCCCUAAGGAAGGUGGCGUUGAAGAAGAUGAUGGUUGGAUAAUCACUUUUGUUUACAAUGAAGAUAAUGGCAUUUCUCAAGUUCAUAUAGUUGACACGAAGAAGUUUUCAGGAGAGGCAGUUGCCAAAAUUACAAUACCUUGCAGAGUUCCAUAUGGAUUUCACGGAGCUUUCAUGCCAAUCUCAUUUUAG